AUGAAUUCUUAUAAUUAUAAACAAGAUCAAGUAACUAAUUCACUAAAUAAUCAACAAUUGCAACAACAACAACAACAUAAUGAUUUACAACAAUCAAAUUAUCAAAAUCAACAAUCAAUACUGGGACAACAACAUAAUAUAAAUGAAUAUAAUAUGCAGGAUCAGAAUUUAUCUUUACAACAAGGACAACAACAACCUAAUUAUCAAUUUCAAAAUCAAAAUCAAAAUCAACAGUAUAUACCUCAAACUGAUUAUAUAAAUCAACAACAUCAACAACAACAAAACCAAAUACCUAUUAAACAAUUUAAUCAAAAUCAAGGAGGAGUUCAAUUCACAAAUACAAAUCAAACUUAUUCAAAUCAAUAUCAACAGAACACCGUCGUACAACAACCUUAUUCUAUAAAACAAGAUGGGUUGAAUAUACAACCACAAAGGUCACAAACUAAUAAUAGAAAUUAUAAUACAUUAACAAAUCAACAAGCAAAUAUACCUUUUUAUAAUAAACAAAUGCAACAACAACAAAAUCAAAAUCAAGCAGAUUUAUCGGUUAUGCAACAACAAAAUUAUAAUUAUGAUUAUCCGCAACAACAACAACAACAACAACCACCACCACAACAGAAUUAUCAACCUCAAUAUCAACAACCAACCACCGCAUUACCUAUAAAUCAACCCUCCUAUAAUCAACAAAAUUAUUUACAACCAUUGUCAGAACUGAUUCAAGAAUCAGUACCACCAGCACCACCACAAGAAGAAGAAAAACCAAAACGAACAAGAAGUAAAAGAUCAAGAAGUUCAAAUUCAAUAUCAUCAACAUCAAUUCCACCAGAAAAUGAAUUAAAACAAUUGGCAAAAUCAAAAUUAAAUAUACCAUUAUCAGAAUUAGCUUAUAAGAUUAAACAACUCGAGAAUCAAGAAAAUCCUCAAUUAACAAUUGCAAGUUCUUCAUCAUCAAAUCCAAUACCUGCUACAACUUCACAAGAAAAUAUAGAAAGUAAUAGAGAAACUCAAAGACUGAUUUUUGGAAUGGUUUGGCUUUUAAAUUCUUGUGAAAUUUCUCCAACUGCUGUUAUUCCACGUAAUAGAAUUUAUGCAAGAUAUGUACAAAUAUGUGCUGAUAAUAGUUUAUCACCUUUAUCACCUGCAAGUUUUGGUAAAUUAGUUAAAAUAUUAUACCCCAAUAUAACAACAAGAAGAUUAGGAAUGAGAGGUCAACUGAAAUAUCAUUAUUGUGGAGUUAAAUUGAAAGGAGAUCAAAAUAUGCAACUGCAACUACAACAACAACAGCAACAACAACAAAAUCAACCACUGUUAUUACAACAACCACAGUUAAUGAGUGGGUUUAUGGGUUCUGUUGAUUCUCCCAUAUCAUCAGCAAAUUCAUCAAUAAGUUAUGAUGAUUCUCCGAGAUCACUAUCACAAAUAAAUACUCCUUCAUUUACUCCAAUUAAUUCACCUUCAAUAACAUGUUCAUCAUCAACUUCAUCUUUUAAUUUAGCUGAUCAGUUACCACUGGUUUCUCAUAUGAAAUAUAUACCAGAUUUAUUUAAAUCAUUAAAUAAUGAAUUGGUGGCACCUGAUUCAAAUCCUUAUGUUCCCAUUGAAUUACCAUCUAUAUAUCCAUACUUACCAAAACAAUCAGAUCGUGAUAUUGCAGAUACAUUAUAUUCAUUAUAUAAAGUUCAUGUGAAUUCAAUAUUUGAAUCCUUAAGAUUUAUGCAAUUAAAGAAAUUGUUUUCAAGUUUCAAUCAAUUUAAUACCAUAUUGACUAUACCAGUUUAUAAAUUAUAUACAAGUGAUUCAUUAUUAGAAUGGAUUCAAGCAUGUGAUUUAAUAAUGUAUAAAAAAAUGAUUAGAAUGUUAAGUAAAUUAAGUUUACAAAUAAUGAUACCACAGGAAAAUAUCAACCAAUUGAAAAUAAUUUCAUUAAAUUAUUUAAAAACAUUAUCCAACACUAUAAUUAAUCCUAAAAAUUCCAAAAAUUUUAUAAUAAUGAAAUUAAAAAUGGGUAAACAUUUUAUUAAUUUAUUAAAUAGAUUAAUUAAAAUUAUAGAAACUGGAAUAACUGCUUCCAAAAUAUUGGUAGAUACAAAUGAAAAACAAUCAAUGUUAAAUGAUUGGAUGAAAUUAGACCUUACUGAAAUAAUAUCAAGAGAAAUUCCAUGUAAUGAAACAAAUAUAAGUACUUUAAAUUAUAUAAUGAAUAAUGAAAUAUUUGAAAUCCUAACAAAAUCAAUGUCAAUUAAUAAUUCACAAAUUUUAAUUCAAUUUUUUGCAGAUUUUUUAAAUAAUUUACCAUCAAAAUUUUCAAAUAUAAAUUCAAGAUUGUUCUUAUUAUUAACUUCAAAUUUUUUAACUACUUGUUUGAGAGAAAUUUCAUUAGUUAGUGGAGAAGGUUUUGGUGCUUGGUGGAUAGUUAGAUGUUGGAUAGAUGAAUAUUUAGCUUGGAUAAUGGAAUUAGGUGGGUUUUUCCAAGAUGAUUUAAAACUACAAUCAGAAUCUUUAGGUGGUGGUGGAACAAUCCCUCAACAACAACAACAACAACAACAACAACAACAACAAGAGUUCACAAGCACCACCGACCAAGGUGAUAAUUCUUUUGGUGCAAUUGACUUGUUGGAAACUUCAUUUGAAUUUGAAAAAUUACCACAGUCUCAACAUGAUCAACUGGAUGCGACAUCUCAACAAACUAAGCAAUUGACUGAUGCUUUAAACUUUGAUCCUACUGUUAGUAAUUUAUUAGGAUAA